CAAGCGAAUUUUUAUACCAGCCAGCUCCUUUAUUCGGCUCGCCUUGACAGCAGCCACCACUUUACAAUACCACAACAACAACAAAGAGGAGCUAACUCCCCUGCAAAGGACCGGUCUUUUGCACAUCGACGCUUUCCAUCACAAGAUUGACUCUUUCAGGAUCGCCUCGACCUUACAACCAAACGCUCUCACCGACCCCAGAGCUUCGAUUUUACACCAACGAAUACCUCAACAAUGAGCUCUCGUGCCCAGCUCCUUUCAGGUCUUCGCACCGGAGGACCUCGCUCCAGCUCGCCUUUCGAGGCCGACUUUUCCCAGCAGCAGCAGCAGCAGCAAGGAGGCGGCUCGCCCCUGCCAAACGGCCUGCUCAAGGCCAAUGCUGCCGUCUUCACACCUGGUGGUCGCAACAUGUCACCUGGCUCCCACCACGGGGGAGCGCAUUCCUUUGCUUCUGAGCAAGCCGCCGCCGAGCAGCAGAUCAACGAUGUGCAGACGCAGCUCGCUGCCCUUCGCCUGCAGCAAGCCACCAACGACGGCCAAGGAGGCAAUCUCGCAGCCCUCUACGGUGCCGCUCAAGGCCAGCCCCAGUCGCAUGACAUGGCUCAGCUUCUUCGGCAGAGGCAGAUGCAGCAGGCGCAGAUGAUGCAGAACCAACUCCUGCAACAGCAGCAGCAGCAACAGCAGCAACAGCAGCAGCAGCUCGAGCUCUUGCGUCAGGAGCAGCAGCAGCGCAUGCUUUUGGCACAGAUGCAGGCGGAGCAUGAGCGCCAGAACCAGCAGCAAAGCCAGGGCAUUUACUCUGCCCAUGAGCAGCGUCAAGCAGCCCAGGCCAGCAUCCAAGCCAGCCUCCGCCAGCGCCAGAUGCAGCAGCGCUACGCUCAGCUCGUCGAGCAACAGCAGGUGGAAGAGGAGAUGCAGCAGCAGCAGCAACAGCAGCUCCUUCUCCAGCGCCUUCACUACCUGCAACAGCUGCAGUCGAUGUCUGCCCCGCUCGAGGACAUGAUGAAGCAGCAGGAGCCCCACCGCCGAGCAUCUCCUCCCACGAUGCGCUCUGACUCACCCAGUAACAACAACAACAACAACAACAACAACAACAACAACAACAAUCGUCGUCAGCGCCAGGCCAGCGCAGCGGCCGCCGAUGCUGCUGUGUCUUGGCGCUCGCAAUCGUCGUCAUUCGCUCGCAACCAGACACCGUCGAUCGUCGUCGACGACAGCGAGUCGGAAAAGAGCGAGAGCGCCCGCAGCUCUGGCUCCGAUGGCGGCGACGACGAAUCGCCCGAGACGAGCGAAGAGGACAUCUGUGCCACAAUGCCCAAUGGAGCCAGCAAGCCUCGUCUCAGCGGUGUCGAUCCCUCGCGAAAGGUGCCCCAGGUAACACCUCGUGCCAUCUCGAUUCGAGAAGCCCCCCGCACCCGUGCCUUUGCCGCUGAGAGCAAGGCAGCCAACGCUAGCGGCGUCUCGUCCGUCGAGGGUGCUCUCAUUCAGCCUUCUCGCCAGCCUCGUGGACCACCCACCGAAUUCCAAGCCCACAACUUUGCAGCCAGGAUCAACGCGAGGACCCGCCGCGAAGCCAUGUCGAAGCUCUGCGCCAGUCCCCGCGCCGCAUCCUUCAGCGCCGCUCGCCCCUCGGCCACCGUUGCCUGAAUACAUUCACUCUCGUUAUUAGCUCUUGCGUUUCGUUUGUACCAUAUCCAACUUCUCUUCGGCCCCCUCUUUCCUUCCUCGGGACAGGGCAUCUUUCUUUAUUCUCUCACGGCGACGCUAUAUCGACCU